CCGCUAGUCUGCGUGCGUGAGUGGGAGGCGGCAGGCCUCAGUGUCUGGCCUUCUCCGCUGACUUUUCUAGCGCGACGUCUCCAGCCAUGAACCGGUUCGGUACUCGGUUAGUGGGCGCUACGGCGAACCCGUCGCCACCUACGAAAGCCCGCAGCAAUGAAAACCUUGACAAAAUCGAUAUGUCUUUGGAUGAUAUCAUCAAAUUGAAUCGAAAGGAAGGAAAGAAGCAGAAUUUUCCAAGACUAAACAGAAGACUCCAGCAAAGUGGUGCCCGGCAAUUCAGGAUGAGAGUGCGGUGGGGAAUCCAACAGAAUUCUGGUUUUGGUAAAAAUAGUCUGAACCGUAGAGGAAGAAUAAUGCCUGGAAAGAGACGUCCUUAUGGAGUUAUCACUGGCCUGGCAGCUAGAAAAGCGACUGGAGUUAGGAAAGGAAUUAGUCCUAUGAAUCGACCACCUCUAAGUGACAAGAAUAUAGAGCGAUAUUUUCCAGUGUUGAAAAGGAAGGCAAACCUUCUGAGACAGAAUGAGGUGCAGAGGAAACCAGCUGCGGUUCUCAAGAGACCUAACCAGUUAAGCAGAAAAAAUAACAUUCCUGCCAAUUUUACCAGGAGCGGAAACAAGUUAAGCCAUCAGAAAGAUACUCGUCAGGCAACUUUUCUUUUCAGAAGAGGUCUGAAGGUUCAGGCCCAGUUGAACACAGAACAACUACUAGACGAUGUAGUUGCAAAGAGAACUCGUCAAUGGCGGACUUCCACCACAAAUGGAGGCAUUUUGACUGUAUCCAUUGACAAUCCUGGAGCAGUUCAAUGCCCUGUAACUCAGAAACCACGAUUAACUCGUGCUUCUGUACCUUCAUUCUUGGCAAAACGGGAGCAAUCUGAUGUAAAGAAAGUUCCUAAAGGUGUACCCCUACAAUUUGACAUAAACAGUGUUGGAAAGCAGACAGGGAUGACUUUGAAUGAGCGGUUUGGGAUCCUGAAGGAACAAAGAGCCACUCUCACGUUCAACAAAGGAGGAAGCCGCUUUGUAACCGUGGGAUAGAUCCCAUGUCAGAGGGACUUUGGAGUGACGACUCUGUUUGUAAAGUUGAAUUGCUUAAAGAGCUUGUCACAGAAAUUCAAGAAACUUUAUUUGAAAAUAUCCACAAGGCUAAAUAACUCAUUUUUAUUUUUGAAGUUUUUUUUUUAACAUGUAUAAAAUAAUGCCCUGAAAGAAUAACAGGGAAUAUAUCUCUUUGUUCUAAAGAUUUCAUGGCUGCCCGGACGGAACACUUCUCUGUUUGACUUUCGUUCGUCAUGCAGCAGAAGGAAGGCAGAAAGAUAGAAGUGGAUUAUUUUUACGAUAGAGGCAUUUGGUAUCUCAUCUCCUUGCCCAUUUUUUAGACUUUGCCAUGGUAAAUCUUGGUCUUCAGAAAUAUGAGUAAAUCCCUUUGUUACUGUCACUCAUCUUUUAAUGGCAUUGAUGUAAUAA